CUGUCGCUCCGCUUCCCCAGCCUUAGCUUCCCCGCCGCCGCCCGCGCUCUGCGCUUCCCGCUUCCCUCCGCCGGCGGCUCUGUUCCGGGGAUCGAAGGGUUAAGUGGGCCGCACGCACCGCCCAAUGGGCACGCGCAGCGCCUUCGCGGCGCCUCCUGAUUGGCGGGUGUCCUGGGUGGGCGUGAGCGCCGCCCGCCCCUCGGCUGCGCUUGAAAGGCCGGGCGAGAGCGGAUCGCGUGCACCCGCUCGCCUCGGCCAUGAGCGGCGCGGAGCCCGCGGAGGCGCCUGAGGAGCGGAGUUUCCUCAGCGCCGCGGAGGCGGCCGCCCUGGAGCGGGAGCUGCUGGAGGAUUACCGCUUCGGGCGGCAGCAGCUGGUGGAGCUGUGCGGGCAUGCGAGCGCGGUGGCUGUGGCCAAGGUGUUCCCUUUGCCCGCCCUCUCCCGGAGGCAGAGGACCGUGCUGGUUGUGUGCGGCCCGGAGCACAACGGGGCGGUGGGGCUGGUCUGUGCCCGGCACCUGCGGGUGUUUGAGUACGAGCCCACCAUCUUCUACCCCACGCGCUCGCUGGACCUGCUGCACCGCGACCUGACCACGCAGUGCGAGAAGAUGGACAUCCCCUUCCUGUCCUACCUGCCCACCGAGGUGCAGCUCAUCAACGACGCCUACGGGCUGGUGGUGGACGCCGUGCUCGGCCCGGGCGUGGAGCCCGCUGCGGCCGGGGGGCCCUGCACCCGCGCGCUGGCCACGUUGAAACUGCUGUCCAUCCCCCUCGUGAGCCUGGACAUCCCCUCAGGCUGGGACGCCGAGACCGGCGACGGGGACGCAGACGACGGGCUGCGGCCGGACGUGCUGGUGUCGCUGGCGGCCCCCAAGCGCUGCGCCGGCCGCUUCUCCGGGCGCCACCACUUCGUGGCGGGCAGGUUCGUGCCCGAGGACGUGCGCCGCAAGUUCGCGCUGCGUCUGCCAGGCUACGCGGGCACCGACUGCGUCGCGGCGCUGUGACCGCCCCCAAUAAACGGAUGCCACCACCGUC